AUGUUUCUGGUUAUUUAGUUUCGAAUAGAAAAAACAUUAAAAACAUAUCGACAGAUAAGAUUUGAAUUACUAUCUGUAGUACCCCUUCUCAGCUGGAUGGCCAAGACAAAGCUACAUAGAUAUGGAUAGCAUCAUCACGUUCUUGAUAAUAACUGCAUUUUUGACAGGAGCGAUACAGGCGAGUGACUGGAACCACCAACAACAAAAGAAAACCUGUUUUAAUGUCGAGUACGGUCUCCAUUACACCAUACCUUACUUCGUUCCUUGUAAGAAAAAGACUUACCGAGAUGGUGAUAUCGUACAAACUAUUCCCAAGCUAAUAUCUGGGUCAACUCAAGAUGGUAACGGAUGCAGAAGAAAACAAAAGAGGAAACAUCAUUCCAAUCACAUCAUCUGCCGAUUCCCAGAUUGCCUGGGUAAUCCAUGUAGUACUGGUUGGUGUGAAGAAUCUCUUACCGGGUAUAUAUGUCGCAACAACGAUGGAUUUUCUAACGUAGCCUCAUGGAUGUCGUCACCGAAAACGAUUGAACCGACUUCAAAUACCCAAGAAGCGACACCAAAUACACUCGAACCGGCACCAAAUAAUCAUGAAGCGGUAACCGGUUCAUUGAAACCGGAUCCGAAUUCCACUGCUACAUUCGGAAUGGUUUCCAAUGUUUCUCCACAAAACGUCAACGACGAUGCUGGAUGCCCAGACGACUGGUUACCGGGACUUCACAAGUGCUACCUUUUCCCGAGAACGAAAGACCCGGAUUGGGACGUGGCUACAGGCUACUGUAAUUCCCUUUCUGUUGUCACCCUGAAGGAUGGGAUGAAAAAGUACCCCUCUCUCUUUGUUCCAGAGAGCGACGACGAGGUCCAAGAAUUUCGAGACAUUUUAAAGAUCGUGAAGGCAAAGCUGUUCUACUCCCGGAGUCUCUGGCUCAACUGCAAGAGAAACGAAGAGGAAUCAUUUUCCUGCUACACAAACAGACACGGGAAUGUCUCCCAGUACAGAAGUACGUGA